CGAUAACAGAGAUGGAUGAACAGAACCGACCAAUCCAUACCUUCCAGGUGUGUCAUGUGAUGGAGCCCAACCAGAACAACUGGCUACGGUCCAAUUGGAUCCAGCGCCAGGAAGCACAGAAGGUGUACGUGGAGCUGCGCUUCACCCUGAGAGACUGUAACUCCAUCCCUUGGGUGUCUGGUACCUGUAAGGAGACCUUUAACCUCUUCUACCUCCAGACAGAGGAGCCGCACGCCGCCGCCACCCGCUUCAGACCCGCCGACUACGCCAAGGUGGACACCAUUGCUGCCGAUGAGAGCUUCACACAGACGGACCUGGGCGACCGCGUUCUGCGCCUCAACACGGAGGGCUCUUUUGUCUCUUUGUUUUCUCUCGCGAUAUUUAUUUAA